UGGGAGAGAAAAGACACGAAACAAGGGAAGGGGUGGAGAUGGGGAGGAAGACCGGGAGGCCCGAGGGAAGACGGAGACGGAGAGGGGAUGCUUGGAGCUGUAAAAAGAGGACAGGUGCCUCGUGGAAGGACAGGUGGUGAUGCAGCAGCCUAGAUAGCACCUUGAGGUCCUCCCUGGGAGACCCGAAGGCAUAUGAUACCUUCUCCUAGGCUCCCGGCCUGCGCUGAAUGGGGAGAGGUGGUCCAAUCUGCGCGAGUCUCUUCUUUCUUUCCUUCCUUGAUCCCUCAUUCCGCCUCCCCCAACCCACCCAGUUCAGUCUGGUUCCCGGGGGGUAAAACGGAACCCUGAUCCAGCCGCAAGCUGCUACCGUUUUGUCCGACUAAGGUAGCGAUCGAGAAUAACCCAGGGGAUCCGGGAGGUACAGGCUCAAGACCCGUGCACCCCAUUAUUGGCUUGGGUGCAUUUGUGUGCAAAAUAGGCAUAACCCAGGGGAGUUCUCGGACUCCCUGGGAGGAGGUCGGGCCAGAGGGUCUUUAACCCAAGGGCUGGUGGGUGCUACUGCAGCAGCAGGUUUCCCGGAGGCGUCAGGCGGCGGCGGCGGCGGCGGCUGUGACUGAGGGAAAGAAGUUUGGAGGCACAGCAGCCACCUCCCGUGCGUCCUCCCCUCUGCUCUCUGCUACCUCUUCCCCACUCCCCUGUCCCUCCCCUCGUAGCUCCCGUGGCGGCGGCGGUGUCUGGGCGGCCGCUGCCAGGGACAGGACAAAGGCUCAUUAACACGUGAUGGGACCAGAGCUUCAUAAAUGGGACUGGAGAGAGAGCGCGCAAGAGAGACAGACACAGAAAGCGAGCAGGAGGAGAAGGAAGGAAGGGAGAAAAAGGGAAAGAAGGAGACCAGGAUCAGGGUAGUAUCGGAAGCCAGGCGCGCUGGCCCAGGCUGGCUGGGGGACACCGGGAAAGGAGAGUAGGCAGGCGUCCCCCAGCUGAGCCCGGGCUUGAAGACCGUAGUCUAGCAGAAGGAGGGAGAGGGAGGAGGACUGAGAGCAAAGGGUAGGAAAGGUAAAGGAGGGAAAGGGGCGACAGGAGGGCGCAGCUUCUCUGCCCAUUUCCUUGCAAAAAGCUUAAGACAGGAGUAGCUUCUUUGGGUAUAGGGUAAGCGCCGUUGGAAAAGAGACCAGAGAAAAGAAGAGUAUCUACAGGAGCUUGGACAGACAGACUGACACACCCCACUCCACCCUAGUCUAGCCCACCCUACCCCUCCUCUCUCUCUCUUCCUCACGCCCCGCGGUACCGCCUCCCUCUCUUCUCUGCCUUCUCCUGCUCUUCUCUUCUCCCUCCUCUUGGACUCACUCUCAUUUUCACUUCACUCGUUCCAGGGUCCCUAGCCCUGGCUUGGGGCGGGGCGCCUUUAGUGCUCCCUGCCUGGGAGGGUCUAUAGAAUAAGUGUGGGAUCUUUCCUUUUAGCUGAGAAGUCACCAUCCACAAUCUUUGGCAAGACUCCCAGAGGAACUGAGGGUACCGGAUCCCCCGCGGAGGACCAGGGGAUGAUAAGGGAUUUCUUCCCCUGUGUUUCUUCUGGGUCUGUUCAAAACGUGCAUAAUUGAAGACAGAGGUUAUGAAGUCCAACCUAGAUGGCCUCGCGGACACCACCUUCCGGACCAUCACAACAGACCUCCUCUACGCAGGCUCUAACGAUAUUCAGUACGAAGAUAUCAAAGGCAACAUGGCGUCCAAACUAGGAUACUUCCCACAGAAAUUCCCUUUAACGUCUUUUAGGGGUAGUCCAUUCCAAGAAAAAAUGACUGCAGGAGAUAAUCCCCAAUUAAUUCCAUCAGACCAGAUAAAUAUCACAGAAUUUUACAAUAACAAAUCUUUAUCCUCCUACAAGGAUAAUGACGAGAAUAUCCAAUGUGGAGAGAACUUCAUGGACAUGGAAUGCUUCAUGAUUCUAAAUCCUAGUCAGCAGCUGGCCAUUGCGGUGUUGUCCCUCACAUUGGGCACUUUCACAGUCCUGGAGAACCUGUUGGUGCUGUGUGUCAUCCUUCAUUCCCGUAGCCUCCGCUGUCGACCCUCCUAUCACUUUAUCGGUAGCCUGGCAGUGGCAGACCUGCUGGGGAGUGUCAUUUUUGUCUACAGUUUUGUUGACUUUCAUGUGUUCCAUAGGAAAGACAGUCCGAAUGUGUUUUUGUUCAAAUUGGGUGGAGUAACAGCUUCCUUCACAGCCUCGGUUGGCAGCCUCUUCCUCACAGCCAUUGACAGAUACAUAUCCAUUCACAGGCCACUUGCUUAUAAAAGGAUCGUCACCAGGCCAAAAGCUGUGGUAGCAUUUUGUGUCAUGUGGACCAUUGCCAUUGUGAUUGCUGUUCUCCCUCUGCUAGGAUGGAAUUGUAAGAAGCUCCAGUCUGUUUGCUCAGACAUCUUUCCUCUUAUUGAUGAAACCUACUUGAUGUUCUGGAUUGGAGUCACUAGUAUUCUGCUUCUGUUCAUUGUGUAUGCCUAUGUUUAUAUAUUGUGGAAAGCACAUAGUCAUGCAGUCAGAAUGAUCCAACGUGGCACCCAAAAGAGCAUCAUUAUUCACACAUCAGAGGAUGGCAAGGUCCAGGUCACUAGACCUGACCAAACCCGCAUGGACAUCAGGCUAGCCAAAACCCUUGUCCUCAUUCUGGUGGUCCUGAUCAUAUGCUGGGGUCCGCUGCUUGCCAUCAUGGUCUACGAUGUCUUUGGGAAAAUGAACAAACUCAUUAAGACAGUGUUUGCUUUCUGCAGUAUGCUCUGCCUACUGAAUUCUACCGUGAACCCUAUUAUCUAUGCUCUGAGGAGCAAGGACCUGAGGCAUGCUUUCCGGAGCAUGUUCCCCACUUGUGAAGGCACGGCACAGCCCCUCGAUAACAGUAUGGGGGAAUCCGACUGCCCGCACAAACAUGCAAAUAGUGCAGGCAACGUUCACAGGGCUGCUGAAAGUUGCAUCAAGAGUACAGUUAAGAUUGCCAAAGUAACCAUGUCUGUGUCUACGGAUACCUCGGCUGAGGCGUUGUGAGCUGAAGACUUCUCAGCCACAUUGGGAGAAAAGAAAUUAGGCUUUUUUGUUUGUUUGUUUGUUUAAAGGAGUCUAUCCUCUCAUAUUUUUAGGUUUACUAUAUUUAAUUAAAAAGUAUUCGUCACAACCAUCAUUAGUCAUUUUAAAUGAUGAGAAAUUAAACACAACUUUUAAAAGAUUUUACAUUAAGAAAGUCAGUUUGUUGAUUUUUUUUUUUAAGUUGAGUCACCCAUGUUUGACAAAAUAAAGGAAAACGUUCUGAUGAAAUAAAUGGAAAACUUGUAGGGGAACAUGAUCCAAACUUAAAGUAGUUUGAAAAAUUCCAUCAAAUGAGUAAAGCUUUUGUAACCAUAACUUUCAUGAUAGUGUAAAAUGUAUUUGAUGUCUAUAAAUAAGAGGUUUCUGUUUUUUCCCCUAAAAGCUGCAGUACUGAAUUAGAAAUAUUUUGUAAAACUGUAUUGUCCUGUAAACAGUGUACUGAUGUUUAUUACAUGUUAUUUAUAUUAGUCUCGUUGGACAGAAACAGACUUUCAUGGAACCAGUACAGAAUAUGCAGUGGUUAAGUCCUAGUGAAAACCUUCAUUUGCCAAUCAUCUAUACUAUGACUUUAGAAAUCUUACACGUCAUCUUUGCCAGUAUUUUCAUUCUUUCGACAUCUCAAAUACCCCUAAGCCAUAAUUUUUCUGUUAACACAAAACAAGAAUAACAGGAGUAUUAAGAAUCAUUCAUUCCUUAUAAGAACAAUAUUUGCUGAUCCCAACUUUGCAACUUAAAGUUGCAAUUUUAAGUUCUAAAAUAAUUUAGUUUGCAUUUUCUAAUCACAUUUGGUUAGUGUCUUCUGGACUAUUGCAUUUUGAUUGUGUAAUGUAUGACUCUAAGAACUGAUGAACAAAGAAAUAGUGGUGUCUUUGACCAACACCCGAUUUUUUCCCUUAUGUCGUUAACUAUCCCCAGACCUCUUAAGACAGCAUGUGUCAAUCUUAAUGUAAGGUGUUAUCACUGUGCUGUUGACGUAUACUUGAAGAGUAUUGCAUUCUUAUAUUCCAGGUUUAAGUAGAUUCUCUGCCUGGGAGGCCAAACAAGAGUCUUCAUUUUUUAAUUGAAAAGAAGUAUUGUCUGGAUUAGCAAAAGUGUACUAUGUGAAAUUUCUCUGUGUGUGUGUGUAUGUGUGUUUGUAUGUAGACCAUAAAUGUGUUUGUCACAGUGAUAUUAUAAAGUUAGAAAACUGUGACUAGGUGUAAAUUGUAUUACUUGUUGCGCUCUUUGCACAUGAAUUCAGUUUCUAAAAUUGAGUUCUUUUCAACAUCUUGGUAAUGAAACUACAGACUGCAAAAAUUCAGAAAAUUUUCAUCCACUUUGAGAAAAUAUGCCAAGCAUUAAAAAAAUAUCCUUUAGUGUUACUCAACAAUAAUACUUAACAAGGAACAAGUGAUUAAAUAUAUCCCAUGAAAAAUCCUGUAUUUUCAGUGCUAAUUUCCCAACUUGGGACACAGAACAUUAAAAAAAAAAUAAAAGGAGGCUACAAUGGUAGGAUAAAUGGAUAGAGGGAAAGCCUCAGAGUCAGGGAGAAAUGGGUGCAAUGGUUUUAUCUGACACAUACUUGCUACAUGACCCUGGACAAGUCACUUAAACUCUGAGUGCUCUAGGCAAAUGUCCAAGAUGAUAAAUUGCAGAACAGUUGCCUAUCUACAUUGGUAGGUGGGAGGUUCCUCAUUUGGGAGUUCUAUCCUCAUCUGUCCCCAAAGAGGCAGAAUUCAUUAAAAGGAUGAACUUGCCUCACUAAACCUGAGCCAUUUAAAAAUAAAAGAAGUAAUAGUUCAUCUAAUUUUUGUAACUCCCAGUUUUAAUGGCACUAAAGAGGCUUUCCUCAAAUCCACCUCUAAUGAGGCAUGACUGCCUGUCACAGCCUACAUGGCACAAGAAGAUAGUGGGCUGGGCAGUAUAUUUAGAUACUGAAAGGAUGCAGUCUUGAUUAUUGGAGCCUGACUCACUUUUAAAGCUCAAAUCAACAAGAUCACCCCUCUCUUUUACCUUGAUUGACUUGGCAGAUGCAAGGACUUCUCUUGCUUUUCCUGUGCAAACUGCUUUUCUAAGACUUCUGUCCUGUUCCUGGCAGUUGACUGAGAUUUAUUGACAGGUAAAGGUUGGAAAUGAGGCUUUUUUAGGCCCCAAUCUUUUAUUCCUUCACAGUGUCAUAGGGACCCAGAAAUGGGCAUUCUGUCAGGAAAAAAUGGGAUUCCUUAAGAAGCUGCUAAACCCUGAUGGAUUUUAUUUAUAAACAAUCUUCUCUUCUUCCUGAAACAAAUCAUUACUCCUGCAGCACCCCGAGGCCAGGUCUGUACAACAAAGGUGAAAUGGAAAGCUUGCAAUUAUCUGGUAGAUUCAGGGGAAAAAUAUUUCUCCACCAUUCCUAACCCCUUUCCCAACCCCAAUUCUCCCAUUCCACAAUUAUGGUCUAUGACCAAACUGCUCUGUGGCCAAAACUGGAAUUGUCUGACUGCAUAACUCAGAGUUGCUCAAAAUCUCCAGAUCUCUAUAUCUCUGGUCUGUGCAGAGGAGACUUUAGAGUGAUACUGUAGUAUAAUGUCCUUCUAAAAAAAAAAAAGGCUGAUUUAUAAAUAAAUUCCAUGAGGGUUUAAAUAGCCCUUAAAAAAACCAGCCAUUCUUUUGCCCUGAAUUAUCCAAUGUCUGCACAGUUCAGAAUUCACCAAUUCUCAGCUCUGUUAUGAAACUCUGGCCUCAGUGAAAGUGAGUAGUAGGAGGAGUUGGAUGAAAUCCAAUCAUUUAAGAAAAAAAAUCUAAGAUCCUCUUUUUUGAAACUGUGUUCUUGUGAACUCAAUGCAGAUUUUGUAAAUUUGUUGUGCUUUCAAAUUCUAAAUUGUAUGUAAUAAAUCAAGGGAUGAUGGGGCUGUCAGCACUAAACUUGGUGCUUAUCUAUAUCAUAAGAAAUAGCAUCUUGUGAGAUACUACCAUGUAUCUGUUACAAUAACUUACAUACAUACAUCCUAAACUAGUUCUGCACACUUUGCCUUUUUAAAAAAAUCACUUGCUAACUCAAGUGACUAAAACAUACUCCCUGUUGAAUAUAUUCACUAAAUGACAAUUAAUUAACAAAUCAAUUCCUUAAGCAAAACUAGUUUCUUUAAUGUGGUUUACAUGUGAGUAUGCUUUAGGUGAUCCUGCUUUGCAGUCAUCUGCUUUCCAUUGGUGAUUAACAAUGAUCCAAAUGACUCACAAGUCUUAGUCCUAAACACUUCAUCAUUGUGCGCCAUAGUUCAUGAAGGGCCGUCCUCCCAGUUGACUUUAUUUCUUUUUAGGAGUUGACCCAAGCACAGGGUUCCUUUGGUCUGGUCUUCACAGCUGCAAUCCACCCAGGAACUGCUCACCAAUCCAGAUUUCUUUCAUUAUAUACAUAUAUAUAUAUACAUAUAUAUAUAUAUGUGUGUGUGUGUGUGUGUGUGUGUAUGUGUGUGUGUGUAAUGUAAAAGAAACUUGAGGUUUGGGAUGGGCUACGUCUUGCAGAUUGCUAACUAAACACCAGCCAAUUGCCAGGACCCCAUAAAACUGUGUAAUGACACCAUCAGAAGCCAAUGAAACUCUGGUGCUUUGGAUCACUUCUGCAAGAAAUAAGCAGCACCAUUGGCUGUGGGAUGGUUUGGCCCUGCUUAGAUAGCACUAUAGUUAUCAUUCUAUCUGUCCAUUUCUGGUGUUUCAUAUCUGUAAAAGAGACCACCUAUCUCAUGUGCAAAAUUAGACUCCUCAUGAUCUAAUUGUAUAUUUGUAUGAUAUUUUAAGAUCUCCUAAAUGCUGUGCUAUGGCUAAAAAUGUUUGUUUUUUCCUUGCACUGGCCCUCGGUGAAAUGUUAACGUUACCUAUUGUAACAUAGACAAGACAUUUUAUCUACUGAUUUGGGCUGAAUGUAUGUAAAUAAGUUUAAAAAAUAAAAAGCCAGAUGUGUGAACAGUGGCCUAAAAAUCAGUGCUUUUCAGAUAGGGCAGUGUGUUUAAGUUGCUAUGGCCACCUAAAAACUAUCUCCAGAUAGACUCCAUGUAUUGGGUGCUGGGGACAUGGGGUUCCCCAAGAAGGAAAGCAUUUUCUUGUAAUAAUAAGCAGCCGAGACGCUGGAUUAUCUGAACUUUUAUUUCUGAUGUUUCAAAGUGGAGAACACAACUCUUUAUUGUCUGUAAAUCUAACAUGAUUACUUUCUCUUAGAAGAAUAUUGUAUUGUUAGAUGUUUGUUGAGCUGGUAACAUCCCUGCAACCGCUGCAAUAUCCUUGUUAGUAAUCUGUAUGAAACUUUGUACACAAGUUCUGGUAAAAUUGUCAUUAAAGUAGCUUCAACCAUGCAA